CCAGGACCCGCAGAAUGAAGGGACACUGCCCUCUGCCUGGCCCGCUCUCUCCCUCGUCCCUCCCCUUCUUCCCGCGGCAGCCCGAUUUCGUCGCCGUCGGGAUCUCAUCGCCACCCGCCCAACCCCUGGCGCUGGACUGACGUCGGGUGGAGAUCCCACUAGGUUGAUUUCUUGAUUUGCUGUGAUUUUGUCCUGCUCGGUUGCAAUUUUAUUGUUCACAAGUCUUUAAAACCACUUUCAGAGCAUUAGUUGAAAUGGCAAGCACAGCAUGCUUCGUGAUUGUUAGUAAGAAUGACAUCCCAAUAUAUGAGGCUGAAGUUGGAUCUGCUCCAAAAAAAGAAGAUUUAGCUUAUCAUCAUCAGUUCAUUUUGCAUGCUGCGCUGGAUGUUGUUCAGGACCUUGCAUGGACUACCAAUGCAAUGUUUCUGAAGUCAGUUGAUAGAUUCAAUGACCUUGUUGUGUCUGUUUAUGUAACUGCUGGUCAUACUAGAUUUAUGUUGCUUCAUGACUCACGGAGCGAUGAUGGAAUAAAAAGUUUCUUUCAGGAGGUUCAUGAACUUUACAUCAAGAUAUUCCUCAACCCGCUCUACUUGCCAGGUUCUCGUAUAGCGUCCUCCCAUUUUGAUACCAAGGUCAGGGCUCUUGCAAGGAAAUACCUGUAGCAUACACUCCGGUGAAGACCUGUUGUGAAUUGUGAUGGCACCUUUUUUUCUUUUUUUGCAUAGCCAAGCUUGUUAGUCACAGACCGAUAUAUGCUGAAAUUCUGUAUUCCACUAUACCAAAACAAUGUCGCUCUAGACAUUUUUUCCCUCGGAUAUAUUUAAUGUAGAGCAUUGUACACAACAAUUCUUAUAUUUUAGCUCUUCUCCUUUGUCCAGGACAAGGACUGAUAUACCCAAAAAUGCAUUAUACGCA